ACGACCUUUACCCCCCCCCUCAAUGCCUAGGAAAGUAGCAAAGACUGCCAAAAAGGCCAACGAGCCUCUCCCGGCCGAGCCGACCGCCGUAUCAGGCGACCGUCCACGGAGGACUGCCGCAAAGGCUAAAACCCCAAAGAAGCCGACCUCCGCGGAACGGAUUCGACUCCUCGAGGAGACCAUCGCGGAUCUGGAGAAAGACAACCGGACCUUGCGGGGGAAGAAACAGGCCCUGAAGGACGCCAAUCCAGCAGAGGACUCCAAUCAGUUGCUGAAGGCAACGAUCAAGAAGUUCAACGAAUACCAUGCCAUAGUGGGGAAAGUGUUCUAUCGGUAUGUCGAGGACAACCAGUUCGCGACAGAUCAGCUCGCCAUGGAUAAUGCACUAGGUUCCUCGAGCCUGGAAUGGGCUGAUCUGUUUCCCUAUAACUGGUCGAAGGAGAUACGAUGCGCUUGCGGCUUGUUCAAAGAAUGGGUGAUGAAUCAUGCCCGACAGGAACCUCAGGACCUUUCUCGGGAACAGAAGACGGACCUGAUCCGUCGCUUAGAUGGCUAUUGCGUGCAGGAAGACAUGGAUUACAUUUAUUCCAGUCUCCCCAGGUCUCUCCAAGGCCGGCUUCUGCCACAAUUGGUGGCGACCUAUUUUAUCAAAGACUGCGUGGAUAGGUUCUUCACAAAUCCCUUUUGGUGGAUCGUUCCUCAGCCGGGCAUUCAGAAAGGGGACGCUAAACCACAGGAUGCCCAUCUUUGGCGGCUAUGGACCACGCGUUUCGCCCAUCCAUGGGCCGGUUUUGGUAGCGAGAUGGUCUCGCAUCGGAUUUCUACCGUCAACUCCAUCUGCGCGGACGCUCUGAAACAGGACUUCUUGCAGUCCCUGCUCCGGGAUUCCGACCCGUCAGUCAUUUCUUCUAGAGACGACUGGCUGCAGCGGAUCUACCACCACUUUGCGGAAAUAUCGGUGAAAAUGGCAGCCCAUCUUUCUUAUGUGCAGCUCGGGACGCUCCACGAUAUCGAUCCUUACUUUCGCCGCUCUUCAGAUAAUACCGAGGCAUCAUACGGUCAUGGCAAAGUAGACAAGCUAGAUGGACAUCGGGUCUUGGUCCUAGAGCAGCCGGCUGUCUACAUUCGGGGCGGAUGGGAAGACCCCAAUGGCAGUGUCAUCCAAAAGAAAGCCGUUGUCUAUGUUGAAGAGCGAGAUGAUUCGAGCAAGUGA